GCGGCAGAGGAAGACAGAAGUUUGGUUCAGUCGUCUUGCGUCGACGCCGGAGCCUGAGACCAGUUCGAAGAAGAAGAAGAAGAAGAAACGUGUUCUGGGGAAACCACUUUAGGAUGGAGCUCCGGACAUGGACAUCUGGCCUGCUGGUCCUCGCGUCGGUGUUUGCCCCGGCAGAGGCAAUGCCGCUGUACGACCCACAGCUGUGUUACAUCCUGGACGGCUUCCUCGGCCUGUACGGCCUCAUCAUCACCGGGAUGUUCAUCAAAGAGCGGUUCUUCAAAACCAAAGCGAAGUCAACAGAGGAGGCCAUCUACAGCGAUCUGAAAGGUCAGGACACCGAUGGUUACGCCCCGCUGAUGAUGAGAGACCCCGAGAGAGGAAGAAACCGCCGGGUGACGGAAGACUCCACCUACACGGGUUUGACCAAACGCACAGAAGGAGAAUAUAAAGAACUUCCUGUUAAAAAAGAGCGUCAGAGGAAGAACGAGCAGGUUUACCAGGGUCUGAGCUCGGCCACCAGAGACACCUACGACUCUCUGCAGAUGCAGCAGCUUCCCGCUCGUUAACUCAGGGGUCAUCAGACUUUUCCCUCCGCCACCUCUCUUCCUGUCAGCCUCAACACACUGACGUCUGUUUCUUGGAAAAUGAUUUGGCUGAAGUUGUUGUUUAAUGACGACAGACUGGAAACAGUUUGACUUUGAUUUGAUAGAUUUAAUGGUUGAGAUGUGAACAUGAGUCUGAAACACUUCUCAUUGGUUUAGGUUCAUUUUUUAUGACAGUUUAUCAUCUUGUUGAUCCGUAUUUAGAUGUUUGAGAGGUUUUAAUAUCACACGUGGCUCUGUUUGAAAAGUCACUAUUUUUCCUUUUUCACUUUGAGAAAAACAUCAGAAAUGUAACACAGAUCUCUUCUCUGUCCUCUCAUUUGUUCAUUUUGAUUGAUUUAUUCCCAGCUGUGAUUUCACUGAGAUUAUGAUCGACAGGAUAGGAAACAGGAAACAAACAUGUUGUACUGUAUUUUGAUCAACUUGAUCCUCUCUGAACUUUUCUCUUCACCAAAACAGACACAGACCUCACAGCAGUGACAUUACUGUAAAAGUAAAAUUGACUUUCCAAAGCAAAAGUGUGUACACCUGUUAAUUUAGAGCAGCAGAAAUCAGGUGACCGCCUCGUUAUGUCGAACACGCCCCCACCCACUCAACCUGACUCACCCUUUAGGGAGAAGCAACAAGACUAGAGCUUGGUUGAUAUUAGAGGAGUUACUUUCCACUGUUGUUUUGUAUAUAGCAAGAUGUAAAAUAAUAGGAAACCAAGCCAAGUGAUUCUGCAGAUGAAGCAACAUGUAAAGGCUGCAGUGGUUUGAGUUUCACUCUGUUCUAUAUUUUUUACACUCAUCUUAAAAUCUGGAGAAUCUGAAAUCAAAUGAAGACUUAAAGCUGUUCUGUAUGGAGCCCCUAAGUGUUUAAUAUUUUAUAAAUGAAUAUAAAAAAGCUCAUUAUAGUUAAGUUCUUUUUUCUAUGAUUUUAGCUGCAUUGUUAUGGAACCUCAAAUAAUAAUUGAUAACGAUAAUAAUUAUAAUAAUCUUUUAAAAUUUGCCUCAUUAAUGUGAAAUAUUCCCUUGUCCUGCUUCUUUUCACAAUAAAAUCAUUUUAUUUCAGCUUGUUUUUAUUUAAUACCAAGUUUUUAAGUCAAAAUUAUUUUUUUUCAGAUGAAUAUUUUUAAUUCAUGAAGCCAAAAAAAGGCAGAGCUGCUUAUGUGAUUGGCUGUUGCUUAAAUGGACAACCAAUCACUUUGCUGAGCUUGAAUGAAUAGAAAAAUGAGUAGAAUCAUAAUGAACUGUUAUUGUGAAAAGAAGCAGGGUCAAAUAAUAUUUGAUAAUUUUGAGCUUUGAAUUUUUAACAUUUGUUUAAUUCUGCAUUUAUUUAGGCCUAAAUGAUCAUUUCUUUUUACAUAGUGUCCACUUAUUUAUGUAAUAGUGAAUCCUUUGGGUCCCCAUACAUUAGACAAUAGAAAUGUCAGGCUUAUUGCAACUUAAUGAUUUCACUAUAAAAUUAAAAAGCAAGUGGUGCAGCAGCUUUAAGUUUCCUUUUGUUUUUAUGAUAAAGCUUAUAUAUGGUGGUAAUUUAACCAAAAUCUCUGCUGGUCAUUUCUUUUUUGAAUCCACUUUCUUUCUUUGUCAGUUUUGUUUUCAUUUAACACAGUAGAUGGUUAUUAUGGAAGUAUUUCUAGUAUUUUUUUUUCUGAUAUCUUCCUGAGAAUUUGUGCUGUAAGGACUGAAUAACAAUGAUAUUGUUACAAUGUUUCUGUGUGAAUAUUUUGCUUUUAUGGUAAUGCUUACCAUAACUCUGUAAAAGAUAGUCUGGCUUCUAAUAAAAUGAUUAUAAAAAUGU